CCCUCCGUACAUAUCCUUUGUGUCUUGUCUUCCAUGAGUCGAAAUUAUAGAUUUACAACACAAAGGGAAAAAAUUUAGAUUUAAUUUGUUAGCGCCUAGCCGAAUCGUCGAAUCCAAGCAUCAAAAUUUCACAAAUUUCUCUCUUCUAGGGUUUACAUCAAUCCAAUUUCACACAUAAACCCACUCUAAAUGUAUGUAUGUAAAAUCUCUGUGAACGUAUAAUAAUUUACUUGUGGGAUUGUCGAUGGAGGAAGGCAGCGGGGGAGGUGUUGGUGGUGUGGCAUCAUCAUCUUCUUCGACAUUAUUAUGUGGCGGUGGACGGCAGAGGUUUGAGGUGGAGCUGAGGCCUGGAGAGACGACAAUUGUGUCGUGGAAGAAGCUUGUCAAGGACGCCAAUAAGGCUGCUAAGAAUAAUAUCGAGAACAAAGCGCCUACUGUAUCUGCUCCUCCUGUUCCUCUUCCCGUUGCUGCUAACCCUGCUCUCGAUUCUCGCAUUGCUCCACCUUCUGGAGAUGCUGCUGAAAAUGAAGCCAAUGAUGGACCAACUGGUAGUCGUUUUAGUGCUGUAAUCGAGAAGAUUGAACGCUUAUAUAUGGGUAAGAACAGCAGCGAUGAGGAAGAUCUCAAUGAUGUUCCUGAUGAUGAUGAGUAUGACACAGAAGAUUCAUUCAUAGACGACACUGAACUGGAUGAAUAUUUUCAGGUUGAUAAUUCAGCAAUAAAGCAUGAUGGAUUCUUUGUCAAUCGUGGGAAGUUAGAGCGCACAAACGAGCCUGCAGUGUUGCCAACUGAGCAACCGAAAAAGAGGAGAAGAAAGGAUUCAACAAAAGGUGAUAGUGGAAGCAAUGAUGGGAAUGCACCAAAUAAACAUAUGAAAGUUAAUAAGAAGGAAUCUAGGAAGGUAGUGGUGCCAAUAGACAAAAACGCCCCUACUCCAUCUCGUAGUACAACUUUACCAACUGUACACAAUGAUGAUGUGAAAUACCAGAGUCCAAUAAUAGCACUUGGAACUGUUGUAAAGAAACCUGCUGACCCUAAAAGUGUAAUGAACCCUUCUCCAAUAAAGAUUAUGGAUGGUGAAGCUAAAGUAAAGAAUAAAGCUGGAGUUCUCCAAUCCAAAAAAGUUGCUACCAAAUUGAAAGAUGGAAGUCCCUCUUCUGCAAUUUUGAGUCAAAGGGUCAAUGAGAAGGGUUCUGGUGUGCAGUUGAAAUCUCAUGGACAAUUGGUUAACAACUUAGAAGAGGUGAAUCAAACAGUUUUGCCAAGAGAGAAAAAUGUAACUCAUCAACAGGUAGACAUGAAGGCUCCUGAGAUUCCCCAGCAACCGCAGAAGACUACACACACGGUGAGAAAGGAAAGUUCAAGCUUGAAACCUAAAAGUACAAAUGUGAUGCUUGAAAAAGCCAUCAGGGAUUUGGAGAAGAUAGUUGCAGAAACAAGGCCACCAAGUAUGGAGGUUCCGGAAGCUGACAACUCAGCUCAGGCUGUCAAAAGAAGAAUGCCUCCUGAAAUUAAGCAAAAGCUUGCUAAAGUUGCCAGGCUGGCGCAUGCGAUUCAUGGAAAACUAUCAAAGGAGCUACUUAAUCGUUUGAUGAGCAUCCUUGGUCAUCUGAUACAAGUUAGAUCAUUGAAGAGAAAUCUUCAUAACAUGGUCACCAUGGGAUUAUCUGCUACAGAAGAGAAAGACGAGAGGGUACAACAGUUAAAGAAGGAAAUAGAUGACAUGGUUAAGGCACGUGUCUCAAUGAUGAUGCCUGAGGUUAUUGAGCAAACAGGAUCAUCUGAUGAUUUUCAAGAAGCAAGCAGUAAAGAAAAAGUUGUUAAAAGCAGAUUUGUUACAGAUGAUGCUUUAGAGGACAAGAUUUGCGAGCUUUAUGAUUUUUUUGUUGAUGGGCUUGAGGUGGAGGAAGCAACUCCACUAGUUAGGAAGCUUUAUAUAGAGCUUGCAGAAUAUUGGCCAAAAGGCUGGAUGAAUAACCAUGGGGUCAAGAAAGCAAUUGUUAGGGCAAAAGAUAGGAGAAAAGCACUACACAGGCAGAAGGAGCAGGAGAAGAUGAAGAGGAAAAAAUUACUUGUGUCAAAAUCUGACACCAUUUCUGGUGAAGCCCAACAUGCUCCAAAUAAGGUAGCCACCGACUCGGCUGCACCCAUCCGGUCAAUAACCACCACACUUACCGCCACUGCCACCACAAAGCCGGCCAGUUCUUCCAACAUUCCCGCCACAGACCGCCCAAAACACGACAAGUUAAAGGCCAAUUCCAGCAAUCAAACCGCCUCCACAAUGCCAUCGGAAUUGGCGAAAAAGAAGGCAAAAAAGAAUCCCGAGACUGAGACCGCGUUGGAUGCUCAAACUCAACAUGAGAGGAAGUCGUAUAAGCAAGUGACUCCGGAAUCUGUGACUCCUGCUCCGGAAUCAGUCACUCCUGCACACCCUACAGUGAAUAAGCCAGCUGAUAUGGCUUAAACCAAAGGUUACUGACUUAAAUGGAAGUUGAUAGUUGUAGGAUGUUGUUGGGUUACUUAAAUAGACAACCUUUUUUUGUUUGUUUGUUUGUUUUUGUUUUGGGCAACAUAGAUUUCAAUUAAGUUAUAUGAGAGUUUUUGUUGUGCAAAUGCAAACCAUGUAGCCCUCCUUUGCGUUUUUGGAUUUUAAUGUGUAAGUAGGUAAACUAA